AUGGGUCAGGCAGCAGUUUCGGCAUCGCAUACUUUAAAAAAUAUUGAAUGGAUGUGGCAAUCAAAUCCAAAUCCAUGGUCAGAAUCGGAGCCAGUCGAAUGGAGUCAUUAUUCCGAUCUAGAAAUUCUAAUAAUCGAAGGCGCAUAUUCAACUAAACAAUCACAAGCCAUCCUAGAUGAUUAUUACAUUGAUUUCAAACAAAACCUUCAAAUAUCUAAUAUUGAUAGGAACAAGCAAAGACCUAUAAAACGAGUGCAGCGUAAGAGGGACGACAAACAUUUACGAGAAGAACGUUUUAUGGAUCUUCCUGUUGCGACAGGACGUUCAUUCAGCGGAGAAUAUGGUUGGGUAUCGCCGUUUAUAAUAGAAGUUAGAAGAGACUUGGGUCUUCAACCAGAUCAAUUACCUUCCAAGAACCCACAGCUGAUACCGAUGCUUGUCGAAAAGGCUGCGCAAGGUAUUAUUAUAGAGGCGAUACAUAUUCGGAAGCAAUGUGAAGCCGAGAAAUUGGCUGAAGUGCUAUUAGAGAAAAAGAAUAAAAAAAUGAAAGAAGUAUGGCAAUGCUGUGCUUACUUGUACACCUUGGAAAGUUUCCUGUACAAAACCAUAAAUGCAACCAUGAGAUUAAUAGGAGAUAAAAAUCAUGAAGAAGUAUGGCGAAGUAAAGUUGGUACACUGGGUCCGUUUUGUUUAUUGCUUUGGGAUGAUCCAUAUAAUACGAAAGCGACAAUCGAAAAGACACUUUACCGAGGUGCCAAUUUGGAACCUGAACAGAUCGCUGCUUAUGAAGAAAUGGCCAAACAUAAAUAUGAAUAUCGAUCAUUUCAAGCAUAUACAUCUUGUAGUCGAAACCGUAAAAAAGCCGAAGAGUUUGGAAAUACUUUAUUUAUCAUGGACGUAUUUUUUGCUUUUAUUGCCGAUCUCAGUUCCUUAUCUGAAUAUGCUGAUGAGGAAGAAGAACUUGUUACACCAGGCGUUUGCUUUCGUGUUAAAAAUGUUAAAUUCGAUCAAGGCAAAAAUCAACAUCUGAUUAAUUUGGAAUUAAGACAAAGAUUUUCAAGUAAGCGGGGAAAAUUUUUAUCAGAAUUGGAAUAA